GCGAGAAGAGUACAGCCAUCGGAUCCCAAGAGUACACUAGAGUUGUGCACAUCGUUGAGUAACCUAUUCUUCCAGACAUAUAACAACGAUAUCUUUCACAUGCAGCCCAACACGUAUGACAGGUAUGACUAA